UCUUGGCGCGAGUAGCGGUUGAGAAUAGGACCACGCUGCCGUGAUACGUUUCCGAGGCGGUUACACGAGGACGUGACGCCAAAGAGCGCCUGGUUACGGAUACGCGAUUAUCGAGACGCAGAAGAUUCGCAACUCUCGGCGGACAUUCUAUAUAGAACAGCGGAAACGAUAUAGCGGAAUAUAGCGCGUGUAGGCAGGAUAUUGACUAGCCGUUCGAUUCCGAAGGGGACGCCAUUUGUUUUGGCGGGCACGUGUAUUUCAUUGCCGGGCGCGAACUCGCUCGUUGGAGUAACAGAUCCUGUGCUAAUCGUACUUAUGAACAGCAUUAUGUCAGAAAUGGAGUCCAUGGACAUAGCAGCAGAGCCUACUACUGUGAAUAAGAAUGCUAGUGUACCAUCCUGCAGAGAAUCUGUAUCUGUCGAUGACAUGACCUCGAGGGAUUACUAUUUUGAUUCCUAUGCUCAUUAUGGAAUACAUGAAGAAAUGCUAAAGGAUGAAGUACGCACCGUGACUUAUCGAAACUCAAUGUAUCAUAACAAACAUCUCUUCAAAGGAAAGACAGUUCUCGAUAUCGGCUGUGGCACCGGUAUUCUCUCCAUGUUUGCAGCUAAAGCUGGUGCAGCUAAAGUCAUUGGUAUUGAAUGCUCUAAUAUUGUUGAGUAUGCAGAGAAGAUAGUGGAGGCAAAUAAUCUGUCCAAUGUUAUAACGAUACUUAAGGGGAAAGUCGAAGAGGUUUCAUUGCCUGACGGAAUAGAAAAGGUUGAUAUAAUAAUAUCCGAAUGGAUGGGCUACUGUUUGUUUUACGAAUCGAUGUUGGAUACAGUACUCUUUGCCAGAGACAAGUGGCUCCGCGAAGAUGGUAUGCUCUUCCCUGAUAAAGCGACUCUAUUCAUUUGUGGAAUCGAAGAUAGACAAUAUAAAGACGAAAAGAUCAAUUGGUGGGAUGAUGUGUAUGGAUUUGACAUGAGUAGCAUAAGGAAGGUGGCUAUCAGCGAACCGCUAGUAGAUGUCGUCGAUCCAAAGCAAGUCGUCACAAAUGCAUGCCUAAUCAAAGAAGUUGACCUUUACACAGUGACGAAGGCCGAUCUUGAAUUUUCGUCGCCGUUUACCCUUCAAGUUCGCAGAAACGACUAUGUCCAAGCUCUAGUUACGUUCUUCAACAUCGAAUUCACCAAGUGCCACAAACGUAUUGGCUUCAGUACCGCACCCGAAGUGCCAUAUACACAUUGGAAGCAAACUGUCUUUUACUUCGAUGAAUACAUGACUGUGAAGAAGGGAGAAGAAAUAUAUGGCGUAUUCUCGAUGAGGCCCAAUGCCAGGAAUUACAGGGAUCUGGAUUUCAGCAUCGAGUUAGACUUUAAAGGCGAAUUGUGCCAAGUCCACGAAACUAAUAACUAUCGUAUGCGCUGAUAUACAGUGGAUUGCGCGCCACUUUCCACUUUUCUCAUAAUUCAUAAAAAAAAGUCAUUUAAUCAAGCCUGAAGUCGAUUUCCUAUUAUGGAGAACUAUAAAUGAUCGCGUUUAGACAGCAUGUAUUGUCAACGGUAUGUGAACUGUUAAACUUUAAUUUUGAAAAGCAUAGCGAUGCUUUCUGAUUAGACAUUUAAUAUAAUGACUUUUAUAGACGUUUUCUUCCGUAAACGUACAAAUAAUUGGAUAAUUAAUUAUUUAUAAUAAUUAAAUUCAGACGAAUAACAAGUGUAAUAAAAAAAUUUUUUACGCGAAUUUUC